AUGAUGGCUUUGGUUGAGCGUUCUUCUUCAUUGUAUGUCCACGGACUNCUGCGGCGCACCCGCCGCGAGGCGUGCGUAGUGGUGGAGUUGGGUCGGCAUCGGUGCGUCAUGUACAGAGGUGCAGAUGCGCGGGCCUCCAGGCCGUCGGUGUAGGCAGCAAUGCCCAUCUCAUCUUUGUGCGCGGAGGCAGACGUCAUCAGAAAGGUGGACGGGCACUAUGUACACGGCCCUAGGAUUGCUAGAGGGAGCUGUACUGUCUCAGUAACUUGGUUGUACCAUCAAAGGAGGAGGGGACAGGCGGUGACGAGCUGAUUGGGCUGGUUGACCCUUCGACGCGAGAAUUUUCAGACCAAGAAUCCUAAGUGCAACGAGGGAGAAAGCGAGGAACCGACUGGGAAGAACAGCAACGAGAGCGUGUACGAAGCGGAGCGGGUCGAGUUUGGUCGUGCUAGGACUGGCCACAGUGGAACCGGAGCAGGUGGACGGCAUCGAACCGUGGCGCACGGACAACAUCUCUUGUGUAAUCAAUUAUUUUCCCGUUUUUUUCCUAAAUACAGGUGUUGGGUGUGUGUGACGUCACUGGUUUUGUAGAGAGACGUGGCAGAGACGGCGCGGAUAACCCGGGUGCUUUUUAUUGUGUACCUGCAUCGUGGAAGACCCGUUCAAUGUGGAACGAUUCCUAGUCAGUGUCGAUGUUCACACUGCUGUGCCUAACACAGAUUAUCUGGAUAGAUUCGGGUGAUUGUUAAUUGCAAUGAUGGCUUUGGUUGAGCGUUCUUCUUCAUUGUAUGUCCACGGACUGACUCAUUCUGACAGCACUUCAGACAGCAGCUCCAUGCCCCGAGCUUGUGUACUAUGCACCAUGGUGUUAUUAUUCUACAGACAGCACUGCAGACAGCAGUGCGCUGUAGUCGACAAACAUUCAUUUUGGUGAAAUUCGGGACAAUGGGGGGGGGUGAUGCUGCUGCUGUAGUCGAUUUGUAGUGUGUGGGCGUGUAGUUCAGUUGUGAGCACGCAAACGUGCUGUACGGAUUGCAGGUGUACCUCCUCGGGCUUGCGUACCCUUUUCUUGCUAAUAGUGUGUGUGUUCUUUAGAUCUUCUGAUGGCCCUAGCAUUUUUGUGACCAUGGGCCGAGUCUUUACUAGAUUUUUGGGACUAGCAUCUG